UUUUUUUCUUCAAAAAAAAAAAAAAAAAAAAAAGAAAAGAAAAGAAAAGAAAAUCGUUAUUUUCGUUUGGGGACUAAAAAGAUUUAAAAAAAAAAAAAAAUUCUAAUCUCACACGAAGCCCAAACUUCGAAGCCUCCGACCAAGAAUCUUGAAAUCUCAUUGAUGCUUCAGGAUUGGAUUGGAUUGGAUUUCGCACUCAUAAAUUCUCUAUUUUUAGUCCCAAAAAAUAAGAACAAGAUAAGAGAAAAAGCAAAAAUUUUGGUUUAAAUUUGAUUUAUUGAUCGUUUUAUUCUUUCCUUGAAGUUUCCGAAUUUCGCUUCCCAAUCUGCUAGUUCAUCACUCUUGGUAUUGCUCAGACGAAUAAGAGGAAAUCUCCUCAAAUCAAUCUUCUUUUCUUUUUGGGUUGGGGGAGAAAUAAUUCAAGUCAAUAGUUUGAAUCUUUUCAAUCUUUCAGGAGAUUCGGAGAACAGUUUUAGUAGUUAAGCGGAGAAAAUAAUUUGUAUCAUAUUUCUAGUUCUUGAUUAAUCUUUGACGAGACACUGAAAAAGGGUUUUAGGGUGGUUAUAACCAAAUGAAUGUAGUUGGUAAAGUUGGGAGCUUAAUUACCCAAGGUGUUUACUCGGUUGCUACGCCGUUUCAUCCCUUUGGUGGUGCUGUUGAUGUCAUUGUUGUAAAACAGCUGGAUGGGACAUUCCGGAGCACGCCGUGGUACGUUCGAUUCGGUAAAUUUCAAGGCGUUCUGAAGGGUGCUGAGAAGAUUGUCCGUAUAUCGGUCAAUGGCGUUGAGGCCAAUUUCCAUAUGUAUCUUGAUAAUUCCGGUGAGGCUUAUUUUGUGAAGGAGGUUGAUGUUGGUAGAGGAAAUGAAAAUGGGGUUUCUGAGGAUUCCAGAAUUCCGGAAUUUAGUAGCAUAAAUGGUGACAAGCAGCACAAUAGUAAUGAACAUGUUGUUGACAUUCGUAGGCUUGAUCAUAGUGUUUCUGAUUCCGGGGUAGGUCAAUUGCAAGAGGAAUGUGAGUCCUUUGGGGAAGAGGGAAUAGAGAGGGCUGAGUCUGAUGGUGAACGGAGGUUGUAUGAGUUCCAAGAUGUGCAAUCUUCUCUUGAUGGUUCUGUUGAUUUGUCGGAUUAUGGAUCUACUCGAUAUGAGAAUUUGGAUGGUGAGAAUAUCGUGGAAUCACAGAAUUUAGAUUCGGAAGUUGUGUUGGUAAGUGUGGAUGGUCAUAUAUUAACGGCCCCUAUCACAGCGUCAGAACUGAAUACAGACAAUCUUCAAUUAGGCACUCCUCAGUUUCAUCUUGGCCCUGGAGAAGGGACGGAAUUCUGUGAUGGCAACGAUGAGCUUUGUUCGGCUGAAAAUGGAUGGGCUGUUGACUAUAUUAAUAAGCUGAAUGCCUCCUCAACAAAUGAUGAAUCUGAUAACAUUUCUGUUGUUAACAAUGAUAGUAGUGCUUUAGGGCACCAGCUUGUUGUUUGUGAAGGAGAGGAAGAACAUGUCUGUCAAGUGACGGAAGCUCAAAAUAUUGCAAUGACAGAAGGGAAUGUCCAGGUGCAUAGUGGUUCACAAGAUGUAGCAGAAGUUGAGAAGGAAGAGGUUUUCAAGAACUCUUCCGAUAACCAAGUGACCGAAACACAAAACUUUGCAAUGACAGAUGGGAAUAUUCAUGUGCAUAGUGAUUCAGAAGAUGUGGCGGAAGUCAAGAAGGAAGAGGUUACUGAGAACUCUUCGGAGUUAUCAGAACUACCUAAACAGGUGGAAGGUACCUAUUUCAAAGAUUUGGGUUUGUCAUCAGAGGUCCAUAGUUCACCCGAGGCUCAUCAAACUGUUCCACUGGAUGAUGGAACUGGGGAUACUGGUGCUGUAUUUAGAAACAAUGAUGGGUCAUCUCCUUCAUACAGCGCUGUUUCAGUUAACAAUAAUUUGUCUAUGGAUAUACAGUGUGAAUGUGAACAAGUUGAUAAGAAUGCUGAUGGUGCAGAAGAUGCGGGUGUUGACGAUCAAGAAGGUAGAUCUCUUCACUCCAUUGGCGAAAAUUCAGAAUGGAAGAAUGAACAGUCUGAUACAUCAGGAGCAGUCGGUAUAGAUGGUACUCCAGAGAGGCCUACAGGUGAAGAUGAAAGCACUAGAAAUGGGCCAAUGGAAUCUCCUACAAUAACUUCUGCUGAAGCAUUACAAACGCAUUCAAACAUAAGUUUUGAGAUCUCGCUCUGUGGGACCAAGCUUCACGCAGGUAUGGGUAUGGUUGCAGCUGCUGAAGCCUUUAAUGCACAUCGCAUAUCAGCAGAGGAGUUUAAGAGUUCUGCUUCGUCGAUUAUUAAGAAUGGAAGUCUGAUUGUUAGAUUUAGAGGGCAGUAUUUGCCAUGGGAAAAAGCUGCUCGUAUAGCUCUGGGGAUAGCUGCAUUUGGCUUAGAUCUGCCUAUUGAACCCAAGGAUGCAAUUCCUGUGGAACAGGAGGACACGUCAAAGGCCAAAAAUGAUGAUUCCGGAUUAACAUCCACUCCCUCUGGACGGAGAUGGAGGCUCUGGCCUAUUGCAUUCAGAAGGGUCAAAACACUGGACCACACCAAUAGUAAUUCGUCAAAUGAGGAGGAAUUUGUUGAUUCUGAAUCUGUUUUACCUAACUCACAAAUAGAAACUCUGACAUCCGAGAGCCGCAAUGAGUCUCCUCGCAAACAAUUUGUACGGACAAAUGUUCCCACUAAUGAGCAGAUAGCCUCUUUGAACUUGAAAGAUGGUCAAAAUAAUAUCACUUUCAGUUUCUCCACCCUCGUUUUAGGAAAACAACAGGUUGAUGCACAUAUUUACUUGUGGAAGUGGAAUGCACGAAUUGUAAUCUCCGAUGUAGAUGGAACGAUAACCAAGUCGGAUGUUUUAGGUCAGUUUAUGCCUUUAGUUGGAAAGGAUUGGACACAAUCUGGGGUAGCUAAGCUUUUCUCUGCAAUUAAGGAAAAUGGAUACCAGUUACUAUUUCUCAGUGCACGUGCUAUUGUUCAGGCAUACCUAACGAGAAGCUUUUUACUCAAUGUUAAACAGGAUGGGAAUACUUUACCCAACGGACCUGUUGUAAUCUCACCUGAUGGACUAUUUCCUUCAUUGUACCGCGAAGUUAUAAGAAGAGCACCUCAUGAAUUCAAGAUCGCAUGUUUGGAGGAUAUCAAGAGGCUAUUCCCUUCUGAUUACAAUCCAUUCUAUGCGGGUUUUGGAAAUAGAGACACGGAUGAGCUUAGCUACAGGAAAAUCGGGAUUCCAAAGGGGAAAAUUUUCAUAAUCAACCCCAAGGGUGAGGUGGCUAUUAGUCAUCGGAUUGAUGUCAAGUCAUACACUUCUCUACACACUCUUGUAAACGACAUGUUCCCUCCAACUUCACUAGUUGAGCAGCUGCAGGAAGACUUCAACUCGUGGAAUUUUUGGAAAGUGCCAUUGCCAGAUAUUGAUCCAUAAAUGUGCUUGUAGGAACCUCUUCCCUUUGGCCGGAAGAGAGAGAGAGAGAGAGAUCUGUGCUUUUGAAUGUCCCAUUAAUAUUAAAUUAUUAAUUAUAUUAAAUUAU